CAGAUAUGGCUAGUCGCACGUGCUCCUCCUCCGCUGUCGUGCUCGCCAUCUCCGUCGUUGCGGUGCUUCUCAACGCGGAUGUGGCGCUGUGCGGCUGCAGCUACAAGCGCUUCUUCGCGUUCGGUGACUCCCUCAUCGACACCGGCAACUUCGUGUACACCAUCGGCAAUGGCCCGUCGCCACUCAAGGAGCUCCCCUUUGGCAUGACCUUCUUCAAGCACCCCAGCGGCCGCAUCUCCGACGGCCGUGUCGUCGUCGACUUCUAUGCGGAGGCGUUGGGCCUGCCGCUGCUGCCGCCGAGCAUCCCGGAGGAGGCGACCGGGCAGUUCCCCACCGGCGCCAACUUUGCCGUGUUUGGAGCCACCGCGCUGCCGCCGGAGUACUUCAAGACCAAGUACAACUUCACAGUGAACCCGCCUUCCACCCUCGACCGGCAGCUCGCCUCCUUCAAGAAGGUCCUCGCGCGCAUCGCUCCAGGGGACGUCGCCACGAGGGCUCUCCUGAACGAUUCCCUGGUGCUAAUGGGCGAGAUCGGCGGGAACGACUACAACUUCUGGUUCGGCAACCCCAGUAACCCCCGCGAGACACCGGAGGAGUACCUGCCCGACGUGGUCGCCCGCAUCGGCGCCGCCGUGCAGGAGAUGAUCGACCUCGGCGCCAGGACGAUCGUCGUCCCGGGCAACUUCCCCAUCGGGUGCGUGCCGGCGUACCUGAGCGCCCACCAGACCAACGUCAAGGCCGACUACGACGAGCUGCACUGCCUCAAGUGGUACAACGAGUUCUCGCAGAAGCACAACCAGGCGCUGCGGCAGGAGCUCGCCCGGCUCCGGUCGAAGAACCCCGGCGUCAUGGUGGUCUACGCCGACUACUAUGGCGCCGCCAUGCAGUUCGUCCAGAAGCCGCGGGCGUACGGCAUCGCCGACCCGCUCGUGGCGUGCUGCGGCGGUAACGGGCCGUACCACACCGGCGGGGCGUGCAACAGCAUCACGAAGCUGUGGGGCAGCCCCGACGGGUUCGCCAGCUGGGACGGCCUGCACAUGACGGAGAAGGCGUACAAGAUUGUUUCCGACGGCGUGCUGGACGGGCCGUUCGCCGACACCCCGCUGCGCCAUAUUUGCUAGAUAUGGGGUUUUUUUUCUGAGCAUUAGAUAUGGGUUUCUUGGUGAUCCUAGGAUGAUUAUUGGUGUCGAUUCGUAUAGCUGCAGUACACGCUAAUAAAAGAGUUGUUAUUAUUCGAAUUAAUGUAAAACAAGUGACACACACAAGAGAUCAAUGGACAGCAGAGGAAAUUUUACAAAG